CAUAAGAUCAAGUCUUCUCAGCUAGAAUUCGCCAAACGAGGGAGUCAAUCGGUUCACCGUGAACAUGGUUUGCAUUGCGUGUUUAUUGCCGUUGUUUCUCGUCCCAAUCGUCAAUUUAUUGCCGGUCAUCUUCGAUUUGAUCAUGGCGAAGGUUUACGGAUUGUUUGGGUGGGAGUAUCGGAAGCCGGCGAGACCUCCGGCGGCUUGCCCUAUUAGACCCUCCGCCGCCAAAACUGCCGCCAACGGCUCAAACACUUAAAUUACAGUAGCUCGCUGGCAUUUGCUGUGUAGCUACUUAGCAAUAAGGUUUCAGGGAAGGAGGACCUUGCUGCUGCUACUGCCGAUUCGUCUCCAAAACCAAUUGGAGUUGAUGAUUGCAAGCAAGAUUAAAGAUCAGCUAUAUCUUUGUGUAGACCACAAGUGAGUUCUUUUGGAGGCAUAACUUAAACGUUGAAACAUAUGUCUAUAGAUAUUUUCCUACUGCACUACAUCGUGAAUUCUUUCGGCCUAAUAUAAAAGAUACUUGCACUGUUUCCUUGCUGUGACUUGUAAAUAUCUUUGUGCAGUUUUAUUGCCCUUCCGAAUAUUGAUACUUCAUUUCUUCCA